CCAUCCACGAACUAUUGGUGGACAUGUUAUCCUACUAAACUAUCAAAAGAAGCUUUAGAAAUAAUAGUUCCACAAGACAAGAGGACAUUUCAAAUUGCACACUAUGCCCCCUGGCUAUUUAAUUGGUGGAUGAAUCAAAAGUGGUUCCAUUCUUGGAGUGUUGUGGAAGGAAAUAUGGCCAUUUUUAGCAAAACUGAUUUGGAAAUAGUGAAACAGUUAUCCGGAGCCCCUAGUCUUGGUCAGGAAACGGUAACACAACAGGGGAAGUUUGAAUCGUUCUACCGGGACCUGAUAGUAGGUUUUGGGAAAUGGGAAUUUGAUCCAACGCAAGUUUCUAAUCCUUGUCCAGAGAAUAAGGGAAAUGUCCAUAUAUGGCAAGGUUAUGAGGACAAAAUUAUACCAAGAAAACUCAAUCAGUACAUAGUAGAGAAGCUUGGUUGGAUUAAAUAUCAUAAAGUUCCUGAUGCUGGACAUUUCUUUAUUUACAAUGCUACUCUAUAUGAAACCAUCUUGAGGGAACUAGUGAAUGGAUGAUUAGUAGAAAACUUUAUGAUGACAUAAAUUGCAAUAUUCUCUAGCUUUUGUGAUAAAGAAGAAUAAAAUAAAAACUAGUCCAACAUUAUCCAUGUACUAUUUUCUGGAUUAAAAAGCGAGUACCACAUUUCUUGAUUUUCGUUUUGUC